AUGCCGCCGAGAUUAAACAUCCCGCCCGUCACCCGCACCGUCCUAAUAGUUCUGCUGUCGCAGUCCUUCCUCAGCGCAGCAAUCCGAUACCGACAAUGGACUGAAAACUCCCACAUCGUCAUUCCCUACCUGACGCUCGUGCCGCAGCUGUCGCUCGUGUUCCCCUGGACGUUUCUGUCGUCGGCGCUGGUGGAAAGUAACGUCUUUACCUUGGCCAUCUCCGCGCUGACAUUGUACCAUGGAGGACGGUACUUGGAACGAGCUUGGUCCUCGGCGGAUUUGGCCAAGUUCUUGGCCUUGGUGACUCUUGUGCCUAACGUUUUGACUUUCUUGAUCAUGGUGUUCUUUUUUACUCUUACUCGCAAUGAGAGCUGGACUCUGACAACCAUUUCUGGCGGCAUUUCUAUCCAAAUCGCCUUCCUCGUCGCAUUCAGCCAGCUCAUCCCCGCGCACACCGUCACCCUCUUCCGCGGCAUCGUAUCGCUCAAAGUGCCCCGUUUCCCGCUCCUCUACAUCGGCGUCGUGACAGUGCUAUCCCUUACGCCUCUGCUCUCGAGGGCAGCCCUGUGGCAGGCCACCUUUGGCUUCCUCGCAAGCUGGACAUACCUCCGGUUCUACAAAAAGGUGUUUCCCGACCUGGAAUCGUCGCAGCCGGCGUCUCUGCGCGGCGACGCCAGUGAAACAUUUGCGUUUGCCGAGUUCUUCCCGGGGCCUGUCAAACCCUUUGUCGCCGCCGUGUCGGACCAGAUUUUCGAUAUCCUCGUCGCCAUGCGCGUCUGCACGCCCUUUUCACACGCAGACAUGUCCGCGCGAGGCGAUCGCGCCCUGCAGAGAGGCACCCCGGGCACGGCACGCGCCGAGGCCGAGCGCAGAAGAGCCAUUGCGCUCAAGGCUCUUGACCAGAGACUCAACGCGGCCGCUACACGGGCUCCUGCUCCCACGCAGCCUUCGGGCCCACCGAUUCAGACACAACCACAGCCUAAUGCUCAUACAGCCAUGGCAUCUCAGCCUGGUGCAGUGCUGGGGGAAACAAAAUUCGAGCCAGAGCAAGACGAUGCAACAGCCAGCAAAAACUAG